AUGGAGAGUUCUGGAUAUGUCAGUGCCUCUUAUCUGGAUGACUUCCUUGCGGGCGAGUACGAUGAUGUUUCCACUACGACGUCGACUUCGUGCUCUGGGCAUGGGGUGUGGUCCACAACGAGCACUACAACUGGUUGCGAUGACUUGGAGGAUGAAGGUGGUGAGGUUGACUUUGAGGAGGAAACUUGCAGUGGAGAUGGUGAAGAGGACUCUGAUGUGCUCGCUGGCGGGAUUGGAGAAUGGAACUCGUCUGCGAAUGACCAGGUGUCUGUGUCUGAACUGCGGAUGGCUCGGACGGUUGCAAGACUGGUGUUGGUGGAAAUUUCGGCGCGAUUAAGGACUAUGGGGGCCACAAUGAGAUCCAGGUCGCGGUCGCGGAGCCCGAGAAGGAUGGAACGUCUCCGUGGGGCCCUGAGGGGAUUUGAUGCUGAUGGUGUGCCGAACUACCUGGACUUGGGGGGUGACUUUGUCUGGGUCGUCGUGCCAGGAGAGGAUGACGUACAAACAAGCGCUCCGCAAGGACGCGUGGGAAAUGCCUCUGGUGUGGCUCAGGAGCUGGAGACUACACAUGGCGAGUCUGCAGUGGAAGUCGAUCAGUUGCCUGACAUGCCCUUGGGUGACAACCAUGCGGAAUUGCAGCCGGAGAACGUGGCGCUCAAUGAGAUGACGGAGCCGGUCAUGCCUGCGGAGCAGGAUGUGCCUGAAGAGCACGAGGACGAUCCCUUUGCCCUGCUCAGUCCGGUGGAGGCAUGCAGCCCGGAGGUCGACGACGUUGUGGAGGAUGGUGAGCAGGAUGUGGAGGUUGAAUAUGCUCUUCUUCAGAACUGGGAGGAGUUUCAAGAAAGACAGGGAGGUCGUGUGCCGCUUCCGAGCUUUAUCCCGCACGCCUUGCACGGCUGCUUCGUGCCGAACCUGGUGCCCACUUAUGAGCAGAUCCAGGAAGCUUGGAACAAGUGUCCCACUUCUUUGUAA